GAAUGGCUCAGCUGCCUACGAGUGAAUAUUAUAAAUACAUGGUGGACCUGUGCUUGAGGGGUUGUGGAAAGUUGAACGGGAAGGCGAUUAAUUUGUUCAUCAAGAGAUGUGCCGCUCUCUCUCAUAUUGACCUCUUCGAUAUCCCUUCGGCCGCUGUUGAUUCGACCUUCGCUGGUGUUCGAAGGACUUGCAAGAAGUUGAAGAUAAUCCGCGUUGGAGCACUUCGUCGUCGGUUUACCUCCAGUAUGACAACUGAGAGCAUCUCCAAUAUAACGAUGCCAUUGAGGGACACGCCCUCUUGCCUGGAGGAGCUGUCGCUGCUGAGACUCGACAUGGUGAAGAUCGGACAGUGUGGUAUGGAUAUGAUCGCGGACCGUUUGUCUGCAUCCCUGUUACGCCUGGAUCUGUCUAACCCGGAGGGAGUGUGUCCUUCACCAGCAAAUCUUUCUAAAUUGACUCGUCUAAAAGCACUCAACUUGACGGGGUGGUCAUCUACAGCAGAGACGCUCGUAUCAGCGCUGAAGAGUCUCAACGAGUUGGAGUUCCUCGACUUGUCCGAUACAUUGAUGGACGAUGCGGGAUUGUCACUUCUCGCCGUGAACCUUCCUCGACUUCGACGUUUGAAGUUGUCAAGAUGUCGAUCAGUGAGUGAUGAGGGUGUGAUCAGCAUACUGGAGAACUCUGGCCUACUAGAAACGCUCGACCUUUCCUAUAACAGGAAGAUAACAGAGGCGAUCCCCCACAACCUGCGGUGUGUGGCCAGCAAAGAGAAAUUCAAAGGAUUCGGGAUAAAAGAAACCAAUUUAGUACCCCUGUUCACAGCCCAGCUCGCUGAUUGCUUCCUCACUCACACAGGGAAUACAGCUGUUAUUUUCACUACA